CCUAUGGAAUAAAUCAAAAGCUGUAGAAAGGUUUAUCAAUAUAGAGGCGUGCUGUAUUUUCGUAUCGUAGAUGCGGGACUCAUUUUCAAAUUCAUCUCCCAUAAGAACGUAUUUGUAUCAAGAUACCGAGACUUGCGCCAUAAAACAUGGCGGUUCUUGAUUGGUGGAAAUUGAUAGAGGAAAUUCUUUAGUGGAUUUUACAAUAAAUGAAUUUGUACGUGAAUGUUAUGACAUGUAUAUCUUUGCCGAAAUAGAUUAGAAAAGUAAAUAAAUAAGAGUAUUUGACACGUGUGUUCGAACAUUCAUUUUCUAACUUGACUGGUACCGAUGUUAAAGAAAUAAACAUGGACACUGAAAAAUUAUCAAAAAAAGUGAUAUAGAGAUCCCAUCACGCGGAUAUAGAGUUCCAUCAGUCGAGUUUGAAACAGUGUAACUUUGAACAUAUUCUGGUGCCUGGAAUACUCAAAGUAACACCGCAUAAAGACACUCCUUUUAGCAACAGAGAGGCAAACAAGACAUCGAGGAAAAUGAAGACGCAUUUGUACAUGGUGUAUGCAGCCGUAGAGAUCCACAAACUGGUCCCUAGAUGUCAACACAGCACGUCACCACUGAUAUGCCAGAAAAGAUAUUACACCUACUACAAAGGUCUUUUUAAAGAAAGAUUCAACGGCACAGAUCUUGAUGAUAUAUAUGCUGACUAUUAUCUGAACUAUCCUCCACUACCACCAACAUCUCUUGAAAAUUUUGUCAAAUACUUCUACAUGAUUGUGUUUCCCUAUUUCUUACUGACUGGUACCAUUGGAAACAUUCUGGGCACGGUCAUUAUGCGUAGAUACAGUCACAAUGUGUGGUCAACAUGUAUGUACAUGUCUCUUGUAUUUCCUAUGGACUUGAUACAACUGUAUGUUGAAUGUGGAAAUGACUGGCUAAGCAAACUGUAUAAGGAUGAAUACAACCUGAGCAAAGAGAUUCUUCUCUUAUCAAAUGCGGUCUGUAAAGUGUACACUUUUGUCUAUAAUUUCAUUUUAAGCCAAUCUGAGUGGAUCAGAGUUGCCAUAGGGAUAGAAACAGCCAUUGCAAUUACAAAACCAAAUUGGAUUUACACAAUGUGUACAAGGGAAAGGGCCAGUGCAAUCGCGCUGUUCAUCUCCGUACUUCUAAUCAGUAUAAACCUCCAUUUCUUCUGGACACAUGGUCUCAUAAAACCUGGAGAGGAUCCAUCAAUUAAACAGUUUUACUGUACAUACAUAAAUGAAUUAUCCAACAGUUUCCGUGAUUAUAUCUGGCCUAUAAUAAAUCUCUGCAUCGAGGACGCCAUCCCACUGCUCGUCAAUGUCAUCUGUAUUACAAUAUCGAUACCUAGCCUUGCUGCUAAACGGGAACCCGAUGCACAACAGGACACGUUUCUUGAGAAGUACUUCCUCGACGUGAAAGCGCUUUGUGAAUUAAAAGUGGCCGCCUUCGUUACCUGUAUAGUGACGGUUUUAUACCUUGUUUCCAAUAUUAUUCUAAAAGCCCUAAUUUACGAACUACUUGAAAUAGAAUACGAGCAAAGUAUGAUAACAAAAACGUGCGUGGUAGUUUUUACAUAUGUUAUUUUGAGUCACAAGUUUUGGAUUUUUUACAUUUCAUGUGAAAAAUUUCGUCAAGACGUUAAGGAGAUGGGCAGAUCAAUGUGCAGACCAUUCAGAAGAAAGACUGGUAAAACAUACACACAGGCACCAACGCUCAGUGACAAAACGCCAGAAGCAACGGCUUCUUGGCAAGAAUCAGAAACCUCCUUUUCGAAAGGAGCUCAAGGAACUUACAAAGCCACUACCUGAGUAGAAAAACUUGAUCAAAAUGUCUGAAUAUAUUCAGAUACGUUCAAGCAAUCUCAACAGAAUUUAAUGUAACACACUGAACAGCACUAUUUUAUCACUUAAAUAAGAAUACAUGUAACUAUGAAUGAUUAUAAAGGGAUCAAGAAUUUAAAUGUAAAAUGACAUUAUGGCAUUAUGAUUAACAUGACGUUAAGUAUAAUUAUACAAACGAAAUUUUUGAAACAAGUAAAAGCAAACGCCGAGCUUUCUGUAAAUAUGACAUAAGUCAUGCCAACUGAGCACAUGUUUGCUAGCUUUUGAUAGUGAACAGAUCAUGAUUAAAUUAUUACGUUCAAGUAUAUGAUGCUAAUUUAAUAAAAAUGGUAACGUCACAGAAAAGCUGUAUCACGAUCAGCAUCAAUGCGCGGAUAUUUCUUACAUCUCGAGGCCUAUGCUAGCUACAUUUAUGAUAGGAUCUCAUUCAGUUUAAUAUCUAGUUAUAGAUUUUUUUUAAUACCACACAUCUUUACCAUAAAAAG